CUGAGACCAUGGACAAGGGAGUUGAGCUUCGACGCCUAGCCAUUUGACCAGCCGGGAAUGGUAGUUUUUAGUGUUUCGGAGUUUCCGUUGUACAGGCUUGUGGGUGAGCAGUCAUGAACUACAUCUUCCGAAGUUCUUCAGGAUCCUGUGUUGGCCGGCUCCUAGAGCGCCCUGUAUUGUGGGACAUGCAGUCUAAAAUAUGGUGAAGCUUAAUAAAGGGUGCCCGGACUCGGACUCAGUUUCCCUGCGGCCCCGGGAUGCUCACCGGCCAUUGGCUGAGCAAGGCAGAUCUGGUUGCACUCCUCCCCGCCCCCAGUGACACAAUAGCAGCUCCCUCCAAGAUGGCGGCGGCGACGGCAGACCCGGGAGCUGGGAAUCCUCAGGCUGGGGACUCCUCCGGUGGGGACGCCGGGGGUGGGCUACCGUCACCCGGGGAGCAGGAACUGAGCCGGCGACUGCAGCGCUUGUACCCUGCGGUUAAUCAGCAUGAGACGCCGCUGCCGCGCUCCUGGAGCCCCAAGGACAAGUACAACUACAUCGGCCUCUCCCAGGGAAACCUCCGUGUCCACUACAAAGGUCAUGGCAAAAAUCACAAAGAUGCAGCCUCUGUGCGAGCCACUCACCCCAUCCCAGCUGCCUGUGGUGUUUACUAUUUUGAAGUGAAGAUUGUCAGCAAAGGAAGAGAUGGGUACAUGGGAAUUGGACUCUCAGCUCAAGGCGUCAACAUGAACAGAUUACCUGGUUGGGACAAACAUUCCUAUGGUUACCAUGGCGAUGAUGGGCAUUCCUUCUGUUCCUCCGGGACGGGCCAGCCUUAUGGUCCCACAUUCACCACGGGAGAUGUGAUCGGCUGUUGCGUCAACCUCAUCAAUGGCACCUGCUUCUACACCAAGAAUGGCCACAGCCUUGGUGUAGCCUUCACAGAUCUCCCGGCCAACCUCUACCCUACCGUAGGCCUGCAGACACCAGGGGAGAUUGUGGAUGCCAACUUUGGGCAGCAGCCCUUCCUGUUCGACAUUGAGGACUAUAUGCGGGAGUGGCGUGCCAAAGUCCAGGGCACUGUCCACGGCUUCCCCAUCAGUGCCCGGCUUGGCGAGUGGCAGGCGGUGCUGCAGAACAUGGUCUCAUCUUACCUGGUGCAUCAUGGGUAUUGUGCCACAGCCACAGCUUUUGCCCGAAUGACUGAAACCCCGAUUCAGGAAGAACAGGCAUCCAUAAAGAACAGACAAAAAAUCCAGAAGCUGGUGCUGGAAGGCCGCGUGGGCGAAGCCAUCGAAACAACCCAGCGCUUCUACCCUGGGCUGCUGGAGCACAACCCCAACCUGCUUUUCAUGCUCAAGUGUCGACAGUUUGUGGAGAUGGUGAAUGGCACGGACAGUGAGGUCCGAAGCUUGAGCUCCCGAAGCCCCAAGUCCCAGGACAGCUAUCCUGGCUCCCCCAGCCUCAGCCCCCGACAUGGCCCCAGUAGUUCCCAUAUACACAACACAGGAGCAGACAGCCCCAGCUGCAGCAAUGGCGUCGCAUCCACCAAGAACAAACAGAACCACAGUAAAUACCCCGCACCCAGCUCCUCUUCCUCGUCCUCGUCCUCCUCGUCCUCCUCUUCCCCGUCCUCCAUCAAUUACUCCGAGUCCAACUCAACAGACUCCACCAAGUCCCAGCCCCACAGCAGUACCAGUAACCAGGAGACCAGUGACAGUGAAAUGGAGAUGGAGGCAGAACAUUAUCCCAACGGUGUGUUGGAAAGCAUCUCCACACGGAUUGUCAAUGGUGCCUACAAGCAUGAAGACCUGCAGACAGAUGAGUCUAGCAUGGACGAUGGGCAUCCACGGAGGCAGCUCUGCGGGGGCAACCAGGCUGCCACAGAAAGGAUCAUCCUGUUUGGCCGAGAGUUGCAGGCAUUGAGUGAGCAGCUGGGCCGCGAGUACGGCAAGAAUUUGGCCCACACGGAGAUGCUGCAGGAUGCCUUUAGCCUACUCGCAUACUCAGAUCCCUGGAACUGUCCAGUUGGCCAUCAGCUUGAUCCCAUCCAGAGGGAGCCUGUGUGUGCUGCUCUCAACAGCGCCAUUUUAGAGUCUCAGAACCUGCCAAAGCAGCCUCCUCUGAUGCUCGCCCUGGGCCAGGCAUCCGAGUGUCUACGGCUCAUGGCCCGAGCAGGCCUGGGAUCUUGCUCCUUUGCCAGAGUCGAUGACUACUUGCACUAGCUGACCUUCUUGGCUGGCUCUGUCUAGCCCUCCUUCAGCCCUAGGGCUGGAACAACCCUGCCCUCCAUAGGCACCUGGUACAGAGACCUGGAAGCCACGGGCAGAGUCCACUCCUCCUACCUGGCCGGCAGGUCCACCCUCCCUCCCUGCCCCUGCCUCCCUCCUUUCCCUGUCCUCUCCUCCUUCUUCCUCUCCCUUCCAUGUGCAGUGGCCUGUGACACAGUAUUGGCUGGUUACUCAUGUAGUGGCUUCUCCUUUAAAGGAGAUUUUGUUUUGAGGAGAGGUUGGAUUUUUUAACAUUUUUUUCCCUCCUGACUGAGCCACCAGUGUUUAUCUCGGGAGAGUUUGUGCUGAGCUGGUUUCUGCUAAUUUAGUAAUGAAGCCUAUCCAGGUUGAUGAUAGCUUAUUAUUUUCAUAAGUAAAAAAACAAACAAACAAAUGAGAUUAUAUAUAUAUAAAUAUAUAUAUUAAAAAAAAGAAGACACAGUAUUUAUCGUAGCACUAGUGGUCCAGCACCUCUUGGGUGAGGCUGUCCAGACACCAUGUGUUUUUAUUUGAGUCCAACUCAUUAAAAAAGAAUCAUCUCUUGUCACUUCAGUCAAGUGAUAUGUUUAUUUUAGGCUCCCCUUUUGUUGAGCCACAGGUCCAGCUGCUGCCCAGGAAAUCAAAAUGGGUUUGGGGAGGAUGCUUGGUGGGCAAGGUCAAGCUAAGCUGCUUUGCAGCAUCCCAAGAGGUGUGGGUCACUAGGCCCCAUAUACGUAGACAAAAAAGAGAGCUGCAGGUUCAGGGAUUCAGGGAAGUGAGGUGGCCCAGGGGCACAAAGCAAAGCAAGGGAACACAGGGUCCGUAGCCAGCACACUGUCUACCACUCUCCCCUGCCUCUCACUGCCUGCCUCUCCCCUCUCUCCCAUCUCAAUACCCUGCCUUCCCUUGUUAAGAUGGCCAAAUAAUUCAUUACUCUCAGUUGAUUGCCUGGGAACUACCUGCCUUCAAUCCAAGAGCUGCUGUAUGCCAGGCUGCCAAGAGGAAGACUCCAUUCCCAGGACAGAGGCUCUUAAGGACAGAACUGCUUUCUUCCUGCCUGGGUCUUCACCAUUACUGCCCAACUCUGAUGGGAUUGAUGUUUUCUGAUAUGGAGAAGUAGGUACCUCGUGGGGCCUGAUUCUUGGACCACUGGUCCCAGAGUGGAUGGAACCCUUGACUUCCUGGUCCCGAUUUCCCUACAGCUUGGCCCCAGCAACUCUUAGGAAGAGAAGACUCCAUGGGCCUUAUAAAUGUCCCACCAGCUGUUUCACAUGGACCCUCACAGCUGGUGGGACAACAACAACAACAAAAUACCCCAUUAUCACAGGGCUGAGAUGCUGCCAGGAUAAGGGUGGGCCAUCUGUGGAGGGGCUGUUUGC